CCUCCAGCUGGUCCCUCCCUUCCUUUGCCUGCACAAAUCAAUGAUCAGCUGUUGCUGGAGCGAAAGCCUGGCAACGACCUGACUCGGGGAUCAUCGGGCACAGCAGAGCAGCCACAACAACAAUCUGUCUGGGGGCAGCACGGCCACAGCCGACCCGCAGCGCUGUACAGCCCGAUGUCGUGGCGCUGAGUAGUUGCGGGGGUAUCGCAGAAGACCCGGAGCAGAUAUAACAUGUUGCGAUAAUAAAAUCCUUAUGAAAGAAGUUGAGUGGACACAGAUGAAAAUCACAACCUAACUUAUGCUACAACUCUACUAGCUGGAUAAUGUCUCCCACCAGCACCACAAAGGCUCCUGGUACAUACCCGGAAGUCACUCCAGGACUUGUGUGUCUGCCUCCUAUUUCUGAUGAUCUUCAGUUGAUUUGGACUCAGGCAGAACAGACUAAUGAGUUAGAUGAUAACCCUCAGCUCCUCCAGACGUUCAGCUACUUUCCAUAUCCUAGCAUGCCAGAGAUUGCCUUACUCUGCCUACGGUAUGGGCUUCAAAUGGAAAAAGUGAAAACCUGGUUCAUGGCACAGCGCAUUCGCUGUGGCAUAAGCUGGUCUUCAGAGGAAAUAGAGGAGACUCGCUCACGUCUCCUUUAUAAUCAGGACCAGCUACAUUUUAAGCCUUUAGUGGCUCUGGCUAAGAAAUCGAAUGCGUUUAAGAACUUGGAAAAACUUCCCAUACCUGCCCCAAAAAGUAGUGCAGGACAAGAAGUUUUACCUCCCUCCCCUUGUUCAACUUCAGGUGAUGCUGCACCAGAACCCAAGAAAUUAAGAUUAAACUGUAUGACGUCAGAAAGAGAACUACAAAUGGCUACCAAGUUUGCCACUGAAAACAGAGUGCAGUUCCCUAGAUGGGAAAUACCAGGUUCUUAUAGACCCUGUUCAACAGCUUCAAACCUUAACACUGAGCCAGAACAGGUACUUACGAAUUCCAUCAGGCACCCUGUUGCAAACCAGGUGUUGGGAGUUGAUGGGAUGGACAGAACCUCAGCUGUGUCAUGCCUUUCCACCGAGGAGGAACGCCAGAAGACAGCAUGGGCUACAUCCUGGAAUAUGGAUGACUGCAAAGGAUUUCUAGCUGAUAGGUAUACCAAUCAAAAUGAUGGGAUCCAUAACCUCAGAUUGGAAGAUUACUACAUGCCAGUCAUGAGGCGCCAGCGCAAAACCAAAGAACAGCUGUCCGUUCUGAAAUCUUUUUUUUUGCAGUGCCAAUGGGCAGGCCGUGAAGACUACAAGAAGCUGGAAGAUAUCACUGGACUUCCAAGAUCAGAGAUUAUCCAGUGGUUUGGAGAUACACGCUAUGCUCUAAAACAUGGCCAGCUUAGGUGGUUCCGCGAUAAUGCCCAAGAUCGCCCCAGCUGGCUAGAUGAACCACAACAUCUUGUUGUUCAAAAUGGAAGACAAGGAGAACCGUUGUCUGGAGAAAAUGCUGGAGUCCGAACAUUGGCUACAGAGCUAGGAGCCACAGAUUCGGACUCCAGAACUACAGUUCCACCAUUAACAUCUUCAGCAACACAAGCAGUGACCUCUUCUGUGGUACAAAGACCAAUGGUAAAGACGACAGCAUCAUUUAACAACCAUACAGGACAAAAUAUGGGAAAAUUACCAGAAGUGCAUAAUAAAUAUGCAACUGCUUCUAGAAUAUCAAAUACUGCAUAUAACAUUUCAAAUGCAAAACCUCUCUUAAUAAACUGUCCAAAACAGGAGUCUCCUCCCCAGGAUGCCAUUCAAUGCACUACCUUUCAAGAAAAGCUUGAUGUGCUAGAAAGGUACUGGUGUGCUCAUUAUGACUUGCAGGAGGGGGACUUGCAGUCACUAGUGACAGAGUCUGGCUUAACGCAGCAGCAGGUACUGGACUGGUUUAGCAACAAAUCUAAUAAACCUGCUGAGGUAGAGGUAUGUAUUGAUGAGGAGGAAGAAGAAGAAGAUGACGAUGAUGAUGUUGUACUCAUUCAGGACUAGUAUGCCACUACUGUAAACUUUAUUUUUCCUAGCAAUGGUCUUUGAAUAAAAAAGAAAAAAUUCAUAUGCAA